GGCUGCAGUGCAUGCCAGUCCACGGCUGGCACAUUCAAUACUGUUACCGCAUAUAGCUUUCUUCCCAUUUUAAUGUCUUUGACCCUCAGAUAUGAGCAAUUAAAGUAAAGGCCGAUUUAGAAAUACUUUGCGAUGACUUUGCACACAUUUUACCAAAUCGCUCAAUAACAGAGCGUUAAUUUCACGAGUGUGUUCUGCUGAAGUUGAGGCGUAGAAGCUAAUGUUAACAUAGAUUAGCUAGCUAACCAACUGCGUAGCUGUGCUGUGGAUGCCACCUAUAAACCUAAGAAGCACCAUCUGGGACACCACCUGAAUUGCAUUGUCCGCCGAGUGAGCGAACACAGGAGCUGUCGCAAUGAGGAUUUUAAGGUUUCUGAGGAACAGCGUGUCCAUAGGAAAGGACAUUGACUAUUACUCCAGAUUUUCACCCUCUCCUCUGUCAAUGAAGCAGUUUCUGGAUUUUGGCUCAGAAAAUGCAUGUGAGAAAACAUCAUUCGCCUUCCUUAGACAGGAAUUACCUGUGAGGUUGGCAAACAUCAUGAAAGAGAUUAACUUGUUGCCAGACAACUUGCUGAGGACUCCAUCGGUGCGUUUGGUCCAGGGCUGGUACAUGCAAAGUUUUCAGGAGAUUCUUGAGUUCAAAGACAAAAAUGCAGAUGAUGAGAAAGUCACAUAUGAUUUCACAGAUGCAGUAAUAAAGAUCAGAAAUCGACACAAUGAUGUCAUUCCCACCAUGGCUCAGGGAGUUGUGGAGUACAAGGAGACCCAUGGCACAGACCCAGUUGUCAGCCAAAAUCUUCAGUAUUUUCUAGACCGUUUCUACAUGAGCAGAAUAUCCAUCAGGAUGUUGCUCAACCAGCACACUCUCCUCUUUGGUGGGAAGGUGAAGGUGAACCCAGCUCAUCCCAAACAGAUCGGCAGCAUUGAUCCAAACUGUCGUGUCAGCGAGGUUAUCAGAGAUGCCUACGAAAAUGCACGAACCCUUUGUGACCGGUACUACAUGAACUCUCCUGAGCUGGUGCUGGAGGAAUUCACAGCCAACCCCACCACUGUGGUCUAUGUCCCAUCUCAUUUGUAUCAUAUGGUGUUUGAACUUUUCAAGAACGCCAUGCGGGCCACCAUGGAGUUGUACGGCGAUGCCAUGGAGUAUCCUGCUAUCCAUGCUCAGGUCGCCCUGGGAACUGAAGAUCUGACAGUCAAGGUGAGUGAUCGUGGAGGAGGCGUGCCGCUGCGCAAGAUUGAUCGGUUGUUUACCUACACGUACUCCACAGCUCCUCGGCCGAGCAUGGACGGGGCCCGUGCUGCUCCUCUGGCUGGUUACGGGUAUGGCCUGCCAAUCUCUCGACUCUACGCCCGGUACUUUCAAGGGGACCUGAAGCUGUACUCUCUGGAAGGUUAUGGAACUGAUGCUGUGGUCUACAUUCGGGCACUCUCCACAGAGUCCAUUGAGAGGCUCCCUGUGUACAACAAGUCGGCCUGGAAACAUUACAAAACGAUUCACGAGGCCGACGACUGGUGCAUCCCCAGCAAAGAGCCAAAGGACAUGACAACGUUUCGCAGUUUCUAGAGCAAAAUAAGUGUGUGUGUGUGUGUGUGUGUGUGUGUGUGUGUGUGUGUGUGUGUGGUGUGUUGUGUGUGUGUGUGUGUGUGUGUGUGUGGUGUGUGUGUGUGUGUGUGUGUGUGUGUGUGUUGUGUGUGUGUGUGUGUGUGUGUAAUUAAAACUGUGGUAGGUACUUCAUUUUUACCUUGCAUAAAAAAAUUCCUUGUUUUCAAUAGUGUAAUUGUGAUGUCCUGAGCUGACAUAUGUGGUGGAUAAACUAUGUAACCUUUUCUAAAUGACCUCAAAAAUUGUGGCAGUUCUGUACUGAAAGUUUUUAUUUAUCAAACAACAUAUGAAUACCAGUAACGAAUAUCUGAGAUAAACUAAAUUCAGCCAAUGAAAUCAGCUGAAAUGUAAUUGUUUUUAAUGCAAUGAGAGCGAACAAAUUUCCAUUCAACUACAUCUCAUCAUCUCAAAACCUCACCAACUGAAACCUAUGAACUGUGUUUGUAUUGUUAGUUUUGACAGCUUACACAUUAAAUGCUUAGCUGCCAGUAUUUUGCUGAAAGUAAUAACAGUUACAUUCCAUAUGCAUGCAAUCUGUUCAUCCCUGCUCAUCCCUUCUGUGUGAAGUAGGAUACUUUGUAGUCAAUAGGUGCAUCCCAUAGCCCUUAAAUUGGAUCCCCGACUCCUCCACUUGCCUCCCUUCCAUGGGUCUUAGUCCCUCCCACUGAGGAGGUACGGGACAUACGUGAGGAUGUGUUUUUCCCGUUGCCUCAACGUUCCACUUCCGGGAUUGCUCUGUUGCCGAUGGAUUUCAAUCAUUUAGGCCAAAUAUGUUGCCUUGGGUUUUCUUUGUGUUGGCAUUUUAAACUCCGGUCAACUUAACCUUUUCUCAGAUCUCUGCAGGGGGAAUCCAAACAGCUAGCUAGACUAGAUCUGUCCAUUCGGAGUUUUCUGUUGCACGAAUGAACCAACUUUUGAACGGACACGGUCCACCAAAAGUUCCUUCCCGAGGCGAUUUUGCGCCGUGAUAAAGGAAGGUAAGAAAAUGGAAAACUUGUUACACAAUAAGUCGUUGCUUGUUUUUAUUAAUCUGUGUGCUUCUGAUUGGUUUGAAUGUUUUCAUUCAAACCUGUAGUUGUUAGUGGAUGAUGUAUACAAGCAAUGUGAUCAAAAAACAGUGAUUUGCCAUCUCUAUAGUUAUGUUAUGCACCUGUUAUUUACUUAAUAAACCUAAAUCUGAAAUUCAACAAAGCUGAAGGAAAAUAAGUAGGCUGAUAUGACUUAUUGGGUUUGCGACAUAUUUAGUUUUCUUCUGAAACUCAGUUAAUUUGAAGCAAUGUGCUCAUCUUUUCUCAAGUUGUAACACUUGCAGUACAAGAGCAAAAUAUUUGGACUGCUGUGGUUGUAUUUACUACAGUGAAUGCAAUGU